AUGGCUCACAGUGAUCCUAAAUUCAAGCGUAGAAGUGACCAGUACGUCAUCUUCUUCAGUCAGGAAUCGCCGGCAAACGCUGACUUUGAAUUACCGUAUCCUGAUUUUUUCAAUAUGUCACUAGGAUUCCGUCAUGACACGCCCGCUGCUUCUCCAUAUGGCUACACAAUUAAACUAGCUUCAAAUUCAAGGCCACAAGGAGAGGAGAGCUUCCCUGUGGACGUCUAUGGUGGCUGUGGACACUUAAAAUGUGCCCGAGGAGGAGCCUGCGAAAGUAUGUUGGACAAAGAUUACCACUUCUACAUCGCAUUCGAAAACUCAAUCUGUAAGGACUACAUCACUGAAAAACUCUGGAAUCAGGGAUAUCAACGGGAUAUUGUGCCACUGGUGCUGAAGCGAUCGUUGGUGGAGCCGUUUGUUCCACCAAACUCCUUCAUCGCCGCUGACGACUUUAAUAACACGCAAGACAUGGGCAAUUAUCUCCAUUACCUCAUGAAGAACAAAACCGCUUAUGCGUAA